UAAGUACCCAAAUACCCAGCUACUCUGGGCAGCCGGACUCAGUUUAUAGUCAGAUGCGCAGGUGAACGGACUUGCAGUCGAUCCAAGUUGUCAUAGUCUCUCUAUCUCGGUGCCAAUAAGCCUAAGUACAGUUUAAAGAAGCAGGCUUUCCCAACAUGCACAUCCUCAGUCUAUCUCUGAUGGCGAUAUUGCCGGCCGUCGCCUUAGCCGGCCUCUGUGGUGUUGAGCCUGAUGUGAGUUUAUUGGAUCAGCGGUUAAACCUCUACAAGGGCCAACAGAACUUCGCCGUGUCCAUGCUGAACGUGAUCCGGCAGAGUACCCCCAACGAGAACGUCUUCUUCUCGCCCUAUAGCACGUACCACGCCCUGCUCCUCGCUUAUUUCGGAUCCUCUGGAGAUACGGAGAAGGAGUUGGCCAAGGUGCUGCAUCUGGAUUGGGCCGACUCAAAGGAGGUGGUGCGCAGCGCCUACACCCUGGAGAAGAUGAGGCGCAAGGAGCGGCAGACCAAAAUGCCACUUGAGUUCUCCUCAGCCGAUCGCAUAUUCUUUGCCAAUGAUCUGCACGUGACCGAGUGCGCAAGGAACCGCCUGGCCGAGGAGGUCCAGCAGAUCGACUUCAAGAACCAGCCAGAGGAGUCGCGGAAGCAAAUCAACGAUUGGAUUGCCAAGCAGACGCACGAUCAAAUACGAAAUAUGCUCAGUGCCGAUGAAAUCACUCCGGCCACUCGUUUGGUCCUGGCCAACGCCGCCUACUUGAAGGGCCAGUGGCUCAGUAGGUUCAAAACAGAGAAGACGGUUCCCAUGCCCUUCUACACGUCCCCGUCGAACUUCUCGCUGGUGUCCAUGAUGCAGCAAAAGGGCACCUUCCUGCUGAAUGUCGACGAGCAGCUCCGCGCCCACGUGCUUCAGCUGCCCUACCGCACCGUUUUCGAGUCGCAGGAGACGGAGGACAGCUCACCGGACGAGAACUCGGACAUCUCCAUGGUGCUCAUCCUGCCGCCGUUUAACAGUAACUCCCUCGAAGAUGUGCUCUCCCGGCUGAAUGCCGACAGUCUGGAUGAUUCGCUCAAGCAGGCCAUGCCCCGCGAAAUCGAAGUAUCACUGCCGAAGUUUGAGUUUGAACAGCGCCUGGAACUGAACCCAAUCCUUGCCAAAAUGGGAGUCAGCAAAAUGUUCGAUGAGUCCGCCGCUACCUUCGAUGAUCUGACCUCUGAGAAGAUUUCCAUCGGGGACUCCAAGCACGUGGCCAAGAUCAAGGUGGACGAGGAGGGAAGCACUGCGGCGGCGGCCACAGUCCUAUUCACAUACCGCUCGGCCAGACCCGUGGAGCCCGCCAAGUUUGAGUGCAACCAUCCGUUCCUUUUCAUCAUCUACGACCGCGCUUCCAGAUCGAUCCUAUUUACGGGUAUCUAUCGCGAUCCCAAAACAAUAAAGCAGUAAGCCACAAGGCACUGCAACUUCGCAACUAAUCUAACCAAAUUAUUUUUCGACUGUAAAACACAAUGUAAACUUUAAAACAAACUUAAACCAUAAUAAAUUAUGCCUAUGACAAGAAA